AUGCGCGUGGGCGUCUACAACAGGGCCCGGCCCGCUUGGGUGCCCACGAGAUUGGCAGUUGCGUGGGCGGAUCAGAGGAUGAGGUCGCGUCGGAGAGAGGAGUACGUGGGGCGGCUGCUGGGCGAGGGGCUGUCGCGGGACAAGCCGCCGUGGGAGGUGCACGUGCUGAGCAGCUUCGGCGCGGCGCGGGACACCGUGGCCGUGCUGCGCGUGCACCAGAGCGUGGCUGACGGCAUGGCCCUCGUCCGCCUGCUCUGCCACUCGCUCGCCGACUGCCAGGUGCUGCACGUGCCACAGCGGCCGCACUUCGGCGGGCUGUCGUUCCCGCUGUCGGUGGUGCGGGCGUGCCUGCUGGGCCCGCUGACGCUGCUCCUGUGGCUGCUGCUGGCGACGGACGACUGCAACCUGCUGACGCAGCGCAAGGCGUGGACCGGCCGCGUGACGGUCACGUGGUCGGCCGCCAUCACGCUGCCCAAGGUGACGCGCAUCAAGCAGGUGACGCGCUCAUCGCUCAACUGCGUGCUGCUGUCGGCGCUCGCCGGCGCGGCGCGUCGUUUUCUGCAGAGCUGCGGGGUGCGGCAGCCGCCUGACAUGAAGGUGGUGGUGCCGGUGGACCUGCGCGGCGAGGGCGCGCGCGGGGCGCCGGGGCGCCUGGGCAGCAAGAUGGCGCCGGUGGUGCUGGCGCUGCCCGUGAGCCUGGAGGGCGCCGUGCCGCGCCUGUGGGCUGCGCGCCGCCACCUGGCCGCGCUGCGCACCUCGGCCGACGCCGUCGUCGUCUACGUGGCCACCGCCGCGCUCAUGGCCGUCGCGCCAGGGCGCGCGGCGCGGCGGCUGCUGGGAGCGCUGACGGCGCGCGCGUCGCUGCAGUUCUCGUCGCUGCCGGGCCCGCCAGGGGCGCUGCGGGUGGCCGGCGCGGCGCUCAAGGGCGUGUACCCGCUGCUGCCGGCGCACAGCACCAUCGGCAUCGCCGUCUCCGUCUUCACGUACGCCGACCACCUGUACGUCACCGUCGCCUCCGACAGCGCCCUGCGCCCGGCCGCCGCCGCGCUGCUCGCGCACCUCCACGACCAGGUAGCCACGCCCACUCGGGCUCGCAACCCAACGCACACUCAUUAA